UUAGGAUCAGUUUACACCUGGUCUUAUGCAUAUCACCUUGUUCGAAUAUAUGCAUCAAAAUUUUGCAACGAAGCCAAAAUUGCAGAAAAUUCCAUGGAGAAUCCAAUGUCCAUAACAAAAACUGAUCCAGAAAAACCUUCAACAUGUUCAACAGGAUCACCUUUUGUUAGUGUUGUUGGUGAUAAAUCACAAUCUCAAGAUCAUUUCGAGAACUUUGAAAUUUACUGUACAAACUCUGAUCAUGAAAAAACAGAAGAGACACAAAAAGGGGAAAUGAUGAUGGAACAAGUGAAAACAUUGGUGAAGAAAAUGAAGCUGAAGAUUCUAUUCACACCCUCCACAAUUGGAACUAUUGUUGGUUUAAUAAUUGGUAUAGUUCCUCAAUUUCGAAGACUUCUAAUUGGAGAUAAAGCUCCUCUCCAUGUGGUUCAGGACUCAAUAAUGAUGGUGGGGUAUGCUUGCAUUCCAGUAAUGACUUUGUUGGUUGGAGCCAAUCUUAUCAAAGGUUUGAAUGGACUUGGAAAGCAAUUUGCAUUAGUUGUUGGAAUCAGUGUGAUGAGAUGUAUUGUCUUACCAGGAAUUGGUGUAGGCAUAAUUAAAGGAGCUAUUCGUUUAGGGUUCAUCCACCAUGAUCCAUUGUACCAAUUUCUUCUGCUUCUUCAGUUUGCAGUUCCUCCUGCAGUAGCACUCAGUACAAUCACUCAAUUAUUUGGAGCUGGUGAGAGUGAAUGCUCAGUUAUAAUGUUUGCAACUUAUUCUUGU